AUGCAGCUGUAUAAAUCCGUAGAGAAUAUUAAUAGCAAUACUAGUAUUGAGAAGCUCCUGAAGUACAUAUUUGAGAAGUGUCCAAAGAUAGAGAAGCUGAUAAUCGCCAACAACUUACUGGCCGACCGACAGUACGCGGAGUUGGUGUCACGCCUGGAACACUUGCAGAGCCUGGAAGUGUUCGAGAAUCGGAGAGGUGCGGGGCCCGUGCUGCUGCGCUUCCUGGCAGACACCUGCUCGAAGUUGCGGGAGAUAAACCUCAGCUGUGACUACCACCCACUGGAGGACGUCGAGUACUUCGUGAAGGCCAAGAGGGACACACUCACUUCUGCCACCGUGCGCUGGACCAUGGCGGGGAAGAGAUGUGUGGUUCCCGUGCUGAAAGAGGCCGCCAGCUCUCUCGAGAAACUGCAGCUGCGCCUCUUUGACGUGGCACCCGAGGAGGAGGCCACGACGUUUGCAGAUCUCGGAGAGCUGCACAACCUGUGUGAACUGCACUGCAACCAGCUCUGCCCGCACCGGCCUCGCCUCAUCUCUCUCGCCUUCCAACUGGAUCUUUCCGGAUGCAGUGGGCUGGGCGGAUCUGCCGUGGCGCACGUGGCGCAGCUGCCGGCCCUCCGCACGCUGCUCCUCCAGUACAUUGACGACCUGACAGAUCUGCAGCCAAGCCUACGGCACGUCCUGGACUUGAAGCAACUGCGCUGCCUCGAUAUCCUGUACAGCGGCCACAUCAGAGCUGUGCCAUUUGAAGAAUUUUCUGUGAGGCUCGUGAACCUCAGAGAACUACAUGUGACGUAUGAGGAAGAGGAUGAGGUUUUCUACAAAAAUGUUUUUGCUGAGAUGCAGAGUCAAAUGCCUCGGCUCAGGAUAAUUAAUACUUUCCGAUGGACAGAUAAUGACUUCCUAACAGAUUACGAAACGGAUGAUGAUGAUGACACUGACAUAGGGUACUGAGAAAUAAUUUUGGUUUUCAGACUGCAGAAUGUAACAUUGGAGCCCCUGGAUGAGUGAACUGUUUGAAAAGCAAGUAAAAGACAAAAUAUGGAUUUAUGAAAUUAUUGUAUAAGAGCCAAGAAAGUGU